AUGUCGUUUGAGCAGACCAGAUCUGGGCCAGGGCCCGGGUCUGCUGGCCCUGACCCGGCACUCGAGGCCCAGCAGGAAUCACAGCAUCAUCUCCCGCAGCACGCUGACCCGUCCAUCGUCAAACUCACCCGAGGGACGAGCUGCGUGCUCUGUCAGCAGCGCAAAGUACGCUGCGACAAGAGCAAGCCGUGUGCCAACUGUGUCAAGGCCGGGGUGGAGUGCAGGGUGGUUCCUCCGCAGCCGCCCAGGCGCCGGAAGAAGCGGCUGCACGAGAAGGAUCUGGUGGACAGACUGAAGAAGUACGAGGCUUUGCUGGCAGAGCAUGGCGUCAAGUUUGAUGCCAUUGGGCACAGCAUCAGGGCUGACGGUCCGCAUCUCGAGGACCUCGAGGACCUGGAGAAUGACUUUGAGGAGUUGAAGACGAGUCCGCCGGCGAGCUCAUCGCCUUCCGCGACUUCACACAUUGACAAGUUCUCCAAGUUUCGGGCGAGUGAACAACUCCUCCACGACUCCUCCGACGAUGAAGCCGACGAAUCCACCAUCCACCGCGCCUUUGACAAAAUGUUCUCCAACAACGACGGCUUCCCUUUUGUCUUUUCUGGCCGCCAGCAGUCCACCACGCACUACCACCCGUCCACCAUUCACAUCUUCCAGCUGUGGCAGCUCUAUAUUGACAAUGUCAACCCCCUUCUCAAAAUCACACACGCCCCCAGCAUCCAGAGCCAAAUCAUCCAGGCAUCUUCCAACCUGGAGAGCGCGCCGAAAAACCUCGAGGCCCUCAUGUUUGGCAUCUACUGCAUGGCCAUCACCUCGCUGGACGACGCGGAGGUAGAGAAGAUGCUGAACCGCCCCAAGAAAGAGGUGCUGGCGCAGUUCUUCGAAGGCUUGCAGCAGGCAUUGCUCAACGCCGGGCUCAUGAGAUACAAUGACUUUCUUUCCCUUCAGGCAUAUGUGUUAUACCUGUUCGCCGUCCGAUGGUUCGUCGACCCUCGCCAAGUCUUUUGUCUCAUUGGCAUAGCCGUCCGCAUAGCCCAAAGAAUGGGCCUUCACCGCGACCCGGCCGGCUACGGCCUCCCGCCCUUCGAAGUCGAGCAGCGGCGCCGGCUGUGGUGGACCAUUGUCAGCUACGACCGCCGCAUAGGCGAGAUGACGGGCUCGACAAUCACCGGCCUCUCCAGCGGCGGCGACUGCAAGCUCCCCCUCAACGUCAACGACUCGGACCUCCACGUCGACGGCAAGGAGCUGCCCUCGCCGCACAACGGCCCGACAGAGAUGCUCUUCGCGCUGACGCGGCUGGAGCUCGCCAUGGCCGUCGUGAGCAACUCGGACCGCGACAGCGCCAAGGUCAACCCGGACAAGCCCAGCCCGUCCCCCUCAUCGGGCCCCCGGCAGCCCCCGUCGGCGCCGACGAUCCGCAUCGCGGGCCAGGACUCGGCCUCGUACACGCUCGAGGGCUUCUGCGCGCACAUGGAGGGCACAUACCUCCAGCACUGCGACCCCAAAAUCCCCCUGCACUUCUUCACGCUCACCAUGACCAGGCAGGCGCUCUCCAAGAUGCGCGUCAUCAACUACCUCAUGCGCAUGUACGGCACCGACGAGCCGCUCAACGAGGCGGAGCGCGACAACCUGUUCCUGCUGUCGGUGCAAAUGGUCGAGUACGACAAUGCCGUCCACUCCUCCGACGCCCUCAAGCCGUUCAAGUGGUUCACGGCGCACCACUUCCCCUUCCCGGCGUACAUGUUUCUCAUCCAGGAGCUCCGCCGGCGCUGCUCCGGCGCCGUGGUCGAGCGCGCCUGGGGGGCCAUUGCCGCCAACCACGCGCUGCGCGGCCUCAUGAACAACCUGCACAGCCCCAUGCACGCCGCCUUUGGGCGGCACUUCAUCAAGGCGUGGGACGCCCACGCCGAGGCCUGCGUGGCGGGCGGCGACGAGGCCCCCGCCGUGCCGGCGUUCAUCGCGGUCCUCCGCGAGAGGGCCGACGCCCGGCGCAGGGCGAAGCUGGAGAACCGGCCGGAGCCGCACGUUCACCAGCAGCCGUACGACUUGCCUCGCCGCGCGUCGCCGGACGCCGGUGUCGACAUGAUGACGCCGCCUAGCGUGGGGCCGCCGCUGGGAAGCAGUGCCGCGAGCAGCAUCGGCAUCGGGGACGGCGUGCAUGAUGCGUCGGACAUGGAUUGGAGUUAUCUGGUGAAUAAUUUCCAGCCGGGCAUGGGCAUGUCGUUUGGCGACGGGUUCCAGGGCUUUGAUGACUUUGGGCCGUUUGCGCCGGGGCCGGGCAUCGGGCGGAUGGGCGGCUUGGGCGGACCCGGGCCGGGGGGGAUGUAUUGA